AGGAAGAACAACCUUCGUGCGAAGCAGCUGUCCAUCGGGCGGAAGAAGUUCAACAUGGACCCGAAAAAGGGGAUCGAGUGGUUGAUCAAUGAGGAGUUGAUUGAGAGUUCGCCGUUGGCCACGGCGCAAUUUCUCUACGCCGGUGAAGGUCUGAAUAAGACGGCCAUCGGCGACUAUUUGGGCGAGAAGGAAGAGCGGAAUCAGCGGGUCUUGAAUGAUGUUUUAUACCGUGAUAUUAAUUCUGAAUUGCUUCCCGUUUCCAGACAAUUUCUGUGGAGCUUUAGGCUGCCUGGUGAGGCACAAAAGAUUGACCGGAUGAUGGAAUGCUUCGCACAGCACUAUUGCACACAGAAUCCGACGAUUUUCACGAAUGCAGAUACGUGCUACGUUCUGUCGUUCUCGAUCAUCAUGCUGAACACGAGUCUGCACAAUCCCAGCGUGAAGGACAAGCCUUCCGUGGAGCACUUUGUCUCCAUGAACAGAGCCAUCGACAAUGGGGCUGACCUGCCUCGGGAGCUUCUUGUGUCGCUGUAUGAGAAUAUCCGGUCAGAGCCCUUCAAGAUCCCAGAGGAUGACGGGAACGAUUUGAUGCACACAUUUUUCAACCCGGACAAGGAGGGCUGGCUGUGGAAGCAAGGAGGACGGAUCAAGAGCUGGAAGCGACGUUGGUUCAUUCUCAACGACAAGUGCUUGUACUACUUCGAGUACACGACGGACAAGGAACCGCGAGGCAUCAUCCCGCUGGAAAACAUUCAAGUCCGCGAAGUACACGACAGGUCCAAGCCUCACUGCUUUGAACUAUACGCCAACUCGGCGGAGAUCAUAAAGGCGUGCAAGACCGACUCUGACGGCAAGGUCGUCGAAGGAAAGCAUACUGUUUAUCGCAUGUCAGCGGCCAGUCAGGAGGAGAAGGACGAGUGGAUGAGCUGCAUCAAACGCAGCAGCAGUCAUCAUCCAUUUUACGACAUGCUCGCAGCACGGAAACGGAAAGCCAAGAUGGCCAACCGAUGACCGUGACCUAGUGACGGGGUUCGGAAGUACCAAGUUUCUCCUGCUGUCGCAUCUGCUCGAGGAAGUUCCCGGCGACAUUUUUUCGCCCCGAACUUCCGCCAAGGUUCUUUUUUUUUGUCAAUCACUUGAGGUGUGUUUUUAUAUAUAUAACUUGCAAAACUGCGCGUGCUCCGCGACGUUAUCUUUGUGUUGGCUGUGAUUUUUUUCUGCCCAGCUUAUUAUGGUUCCCCCCACGAUUCCCACUCAUUUUGCUUGAUUUGCCUCAGUCUCAAAAGAAUGUACGGGUUCAUUUGGAUUCGAAGUUCCGGUUCGCUUUUAACCCACCGAUGCCCGGACGUCGUAUGCUCGGUUCUCGUUUUUUUUUUGCAUCCUAUUACGAAGAUAUAUAUUUUAUAGUGGGUUAGUGACUGAGCAGAGAAUGUUUUCUUUGGUGGUUCGCCCCGCAUUCUUCGUCGUUGGAGAUGUUCUGCUGUUUAUGGUUGAAAAUUGGAAUAAUUGCGUGCGAAAGAAAGGAAGAAAAAGAAAGCGAACCUCGUGGGAUGGAUCUCAUGAAUGAAUGUGUCCAGCAUGGUUUGGAUCAUCCGCGUUUUCCUUUCCUGAUGAAAAGCUUCCCGAAAAUUCCUUGCACUGGCCCCGUUCGGAAUGCGAAAAUAUUUUCUCGGCAACUGUGAUGCAAUAAGCGGAAAGGAAAUCGUAAUAAUUCUUGUAGGAGGUUCUCGCCCGUGAUGCGAAAUCGCCUUUCCGCUCUGUUUUUAUUCAGUUUUCCUGAGGGGUUUUAUUACUGUGCGAGUUCUAGGCGUUACCGAGCUGCGAAACUCCCGUUUUUUCAUGGUUUGAUUGGGCAAUGAGGAAUUUUGAGUGUGGCGUCAAACAAUUUUGAUGGGAGUGUUGGUGUAUAUUUCUUUUUGUCUUCUCGUCUGUUGAGAGGAAGAAAACUUUUGUGACGAAA